CAAAAAUUUAAAUAAUACUUCUAGAUAUUGCAUUGAAGAAUUGGGAAAACCUCGUUGUGAUAAACUAAUGUCAACUGGAACGAUUUUAUUAGCUACUGCUUUGCCUGCUUUUGUAGUUAAAUACGCAUUUCCGUUCUUUAUGAAUAGAAUCCCUUUUGGAUUCCGCAUCUUUUUGGUUUGCUUUACUCAUUCAACAUCUUAUAUACUUGUUGCCUUCUCAACAAGCAUACAAAUGUCCCUAUUAGGGGUUGUUUUUGACUCAAUUUCUCUCGGAAUUGGACAAAUAUGUUUACCUGCCCUUACUUCACAUUAUUCAAAAUCAACGCUAUCUGCUUGGACGGCAGGUACUGGGGCUUCUAGUAUAAUACCAUCACUGGCAUAUAGUGUUCUAUCAGAACCUAAAUUCUUUAACCUGUCUACAAGGACUGUUACUCUUGUGAUGCUUAUUGUGCCAAUGAUGUUUGCUUUAAGUUAUUGGUUUGUACUCUCGCCUUCACCAACUGUUCAUAGAAUGGAAUUAUUAAAACCUUCAACAUGGAUUGUCCCAGCACAGAAAACUUCUCGAAAAAUUAAGAUUAAUGUAGUGCCCGAGCCUUUACCCAACAUUAUUAAAGUUUCAACUAAUGGAGGAGAAAAAAAUAAAGAUAUUAAUAAUCUCCAAAACAAUAAGGUAGGUUAA